AUGAUGAAAUCGGUUUCCUUUUCUAUUCUCCUUGCCGGUAUUAUUGGCCUUGCCGGAGCUAACUAUACGAAUUGUGCCACUGCGGGCCUUGAGCUGGUCCUCACUCCUGGCCAAAUGACUCAGAUAGGGCGGGCCCCACUGGACACGGAAUUGGCAUAUGCCACGCUUACCUUCGAUGACCUGCCCCGAAUGAUCAACUUCCCGCCCUUCUAUACGGGUAACUGCUUGGCGGGUGAGGACUUAAUCCAGCAGGUCUCUCUCAGCCCCGAUGUUCCCACCGGUUCGGGUAAACUCACCUUUACCAGCAGCAAUGUGACGUGUUAUAGCGUCCUUGUCGUCCCGCCUGCGCUGUCCGAACGGGGGGUUAUAUCGCGUGUGACUGAGAACCGGAUCGUUUCGGUCUGUAGCAAGAAUCACUACAGGAAUCGGUUAGGUGCUUCCAGGUUUUCGACUGCUAUAAUAACUGCCUCAACAGGGACGCCGGCCCAUAUUACCAGUCCCAGGCAGAGCAACAUGGCAGGCCGUAGUACAUCCACCGCGAUGAUAGGUACGACUUCAGCUUCUGGGCCGAUCGAUAAUGGAUCGUGGUCGUUGCCGGCUGGCGGCGGUCCCUACAUGGAUCCGAGUAUGCCACCAGCAUCUCCAGCCGCGUCAGUUGCAUCAGGAACGGGCGGAAGCCGUGGCAAAACCGAAGAUGCUUCUCCUACAAACCUAAAUAUAGCCAACUCGGCAUCUAGCGAUAGUAGCCCUGCACCUAUGACAUGCCACUGCCCUGAAUCGUGA